CGUCUCGUCUCGUACGCAUCGCGAAAUAACCAAACAUGACCGGAGAUUAUGGGAGCGUUUAGUUUAGUUUUCCGUUAAAAUCUGAUCACUGCUGUUUAUUUGCAAUCCCUACAGUCUCAAGCAAGCGAAGUAUUUCGUAUUCGAAAUGGCUUCCGCAAGAAUAAUCAAUUACACUUUAUUUAAAAGACUCGCAACAGUAUCUAGUCACGCACAUAUUUAUUCUCAUUUCGAUGUAACAUCCAGUGCUCGACAUAGCGUAUCGUAUUGUACAAAGAAAUCAAUCGCUAAAGCAAAUUCUGUAGAACACAAGAAUAAAGUACAGAUUGGAUUUGCGGAAGUAGUUAAAGAGAAUACAAAAUCUCUUGGAUAUUUAGGCGUAAUAGUUGGCGGUGUAGGAAUCGUGGGUUUAAUGUUUUAUAUAGUUUUCAAUGAAUUAUUCUCCAGUAAAAGUCCAACUAAAGUUUAUAGCAAAGCAUUAGAUCGUUGCAUAAAAGAUCCUAAAGUAGUAGAUGCUCUCGGAGAACCUAUAAAAGGAUAUGGAGAAGAGAGCAGACGUGGACGACGAACUCACGUAAACCACGUAAUUUUCGUAAAGGACGGGGUACAACAUAUGAGAAUGAAGUUUUACGUCCAAGGAAUAAGGAGACGUGGCACCGUUACCUUGGAAGUACAAGAAAACGAGUCUGGCAAUUAUGUGUAUAAAUAUUUAUACGUAUUUAUAGACGAUCUAAUGAGAACCGCUAUAAAAAUAGAAGAUAACAGGGAUGGACAAAAGAGUUACAGUAACGAAACCGAAUUCGAUUUAAGCUAAUAUUUUAAACCGCUUUGAGUAGUAUAUUUUAUACAUUGUACACAGGUGUGCUUAUAAUUAUUAUUUGCCUUAACUUUUAUUUUUAAUAUAUUUUAGCGAACAUACAAUAAAAUGGCGCCUACCCUCAUUCGUGAACAGCGAACUACGAAAUAUCCGUGAACGAUUAUUUAUAUCGAACUUCGUAAUCUAUUCCCGCGAAAUAUGUCACCAACGAUAUUCUUUAUGGACAAAUAUCUUUAAAUAGUCAUUGCGUUUGAAAAAUUCUCGGAACAUUAGUUGACAUGCACGACUUCAUCACCUCGGUAAUAACCGAGAAAAAUUGAAAUCGAAUUGAUUUUUUUAACCAUAAAUCACUUCGAUCGUAGCUACAUUUCUGUUCUUACCGUUCAAUCGUUAUUCGUAUAUUUCUCAAAAUAUAAUUGAGUUUUCGCGAAUAGUUAUCGCCGGGCGAUACGUAAUAAAGAUCGUUGAAUUCACGAGUCGAAAAUAAUCGCAACUAAUCGUGACCCGACGAAAAAAUAACCUUCGCAUCGCGAUAUAUAUGCCACGUGCAAAGAGAUUUCGUUUAAAGUUGUCUCACGCUACUCAUCGAACAACCAUGCGUUAACGAUAAGUAACAAUAUUCUUCGAAGAGAUUGUCAGCUGAGACGAUUUCGUGCGAAAAACCUAUCGAUGAAUGUUUCCCGCGCAUUUAGCGAACAGUACGGUUAACCCAUAAUCGGAAUCUUGCAUAUCUUCCGAGAUUGCUGCGAUCCGUUAUGGGAAGCAUGUCCAAACGAAGCUUCAGGGCUUAAAAAGUUUCAUCAGAAGCAGGAAUGCGCGACUUUGCACGUUUCUUUGUGUCUCGAGAACGCCGCGUAGAAAGGAAACGUGUCGCGUGGGGGGUUAUGGUCUUCAUCCGUGGACAUGUCUGACAUAAUAUUUACUUUCUGUCGUAUGAUAAUGAUGUUCAUCUGAUAAAAUACAUGAGCUUAUGUAAGAGGGUGUUUACUAACGGGAAAUUCUUAUGUCCAACAAUACAGAUCGAAUCCUUGACUUUUACAGAAAAACACUUCUCCUAACAAGCUUUCAUUGUACGUCGAAACACAGAUAUAAGUCUCCUCACCUUCUUGGUUCAUUAGUGCUCGAAUAAGAGCCUUUUUGUUCGAUUUUUAUUCUAUAAAAUUAUUUAAUCGGUAGUAUGCGCGGUAAGUAU